CCUACGUAAACAAACUAGUUUCGAGGAAGUAGAUGAACCAGGCUGCUACGGUCAGCAGGUAAAUGUUUCGGCUUUGGCUCGGCGGUAACCCCGGGGUGAAACUGUUUGUUUCGUCUUGUAGAAACAUGACGUCAGAGUCCAUUCAGUCAGGUCAGUCGAUUCACUCGGACAACAUCAAAGAGGUUCAUCACGUCCCGAUGGAUGUCAUCAUCAGACCUAUUCCUCCUGUACUGGAUGAGCUCAAAGUCCAGAGUCUGAUGAACACAAUAAAGGAGUCGGCAGACGUCAGUGUUGUUCCUCCCAUUGAUGUGCUCUGGAUCAAAGGUCGAGAGGGGGGGAAUUACUACUACUCUUUCGGAGGCUGUCACAGGUUCGCUGCCUAUCAGAGGUUAAACAUGUCGACCAUCCCAGCCAAGCUCAUCAAAUCAAACAACUCAGACCUCACCACCUACCUGGGGGCUUCCACACCUGAUCUGCGCUGACGCUGGAGCAGCUUAGAUUUUUUUUUUUUUUUCAGAGACUUCGUUCAGGUGAUUCACACACAUGGAGCUUUCUCUUUCAGCUGCUGACUGCAGAGUGACGAUUUACCAGCAGGGGGAAAUGUAACUCUUUAACCAAACAAAAAAAGUUUGUUUUUUUUAGAACUUAUGUAAUGUUAUUUAAAGGAUAUAUAUCAGUCUGUUUGUGUAAAUCUGUGUUUUAUUUAUAUAAACUAUACCCGUCCACCAAGAGAAUGUCUGCCAUGUAAAGGAUUUAAUAUCUAUCACCAGUUUUUUCUAAUAUAAACAAAUUCAUAUUUACUGGCAGUUAUUUUUUUGUACAGUUGAAAUUAUGACGGGGAAAUAGCUGAGUGACAGCAGAGGUUUUCACUUGUGAUAGUAGGAAACAUACAGGUCUAAGUAAUAAUAAUAACAAUGCCUCCCCAGUGAUACGUAAAGUCUUGACAAUUUGACAUUGUCAGCCGGGUGUAUUGCUGAAUUCUGACAUGUUGGCAAUUUAGUGCCACUCCUUAACAUCUAAAAACAGAUACAAAAAUCACUACUUUUGAACUUUUAAUGUAAAUAUCAGUUUUGGAUUUUAUUUAGAUGACAACUUUUUGCAGCUUUUUUGAUUUGUCAAAUGUUUUUUAAGCAAAAAUGGGACGUGUCCUUGUUGUAUUUCCUGAUGACUACAGCCGCUGAGUUACAAGUCAGACCCUGACACCCUUGGUGAGGACAGGGGGAUUUUGUAUGAUCAUUGCAGGUCAGAUUUAGUCCCAUGUGUAGUCCCCUCACUCCGACAUCUUUGCAUGUCUAAAGCUCCUGUUUGUGCACGUGUGGAGAUGGGCCUAGCAACUGAGAGAAAAACAGAGUAUAAAGACAAAUUUCCCACAGAGGAUUAAUUAAGUAUACAAAAUUCAA